CAGGAAAACUAGCCCUGUGGAUUACCAUGUCCUCAUCGAAAUUUCCUGCACCCGCUCACCGGAAGAGCUUUUGGCCGUCAGGCGAGCAUACCAGGCACGCUACAAGUGUUCCCUGGAGGAAGACGUCGCUGCUCAUACAGCCGCUGCUUGUUGCCUUGGUGAGUGCAUUUAGAUAUGAUGGUAUGGAGAUAAAUGCCAGACAAGCGAAAUCAGAAGCCGAUGCUCUUCACAAUGCCAUUAAAGAAAAGGCGUUUAGCCAUGAAGAAGUACUUAGGAUUGUGAGCACAAGGAGCAAGACUCAGCUCAUGGCAACUUUCAACAGCUACAGGCAUGACCAUGCCAUUUCCCUAUCUAAGAAUUUGCAGACGCGGGAAUCGGGUGAUCACUACAUAGAAGCACCGCACACUACAAUUAAAUGCAUCAAUGACUCAAACAAGUACUUUGAAAAGGUGUUGCGCAAUGCAAUCAAAAGGCUUGGAAUAGAUGAUGGACUUACUCGAGUGAUUGUGACAAGGGCAGAGAAGGACUUGAAGGAUAUCAAGGAACUUUACUACCAGAGAAACAGUGUCCCUCUUUGAACAAGCUGUUGCCAAGGAAACCCAUGGAGACUACAAGGCCUUCAUUCUCACUCUCCUUGGAAAGGAAGAUUGAAUUCUUUAAUCAAGGGCAUCAAUGCAGACAUAGAAAAAAUUUCCAUAUUUUUCUAUGUCUAUGUUAUCAAGUAUCAAGUUUCUCUCUGUGUUUUCAUAACAAAAUAAUUAUCUACAA